UUUCAUGGCGCGCAUAAAAAUAUGAAUAUGAUUUCAUGGCGCCUGCCUCAAAUUACUACUUUGUUAGCCUCACGCCCCACCACCCCCUUACGAUUCGCGACACACCUCGUCACGCUUGCUGUGCCUUGCUUGGUGUCAAAAUUUUCGCGCGAAAAAUCGACAGGGUGCUUUAAUUUGGAUUUAUUUCGCUCUGUCAGCUGAGCUGUGUAUUUCGCUGUUUCAGUUUGAGUAUAACUUUGUUUUGCUAUUGUUAAAUUCUGUCAAGAGAAUUGACGGUGUAAGCGGGUUUUGUAAAGUUAUCGUUUCCAUUCCCGAGAUUGUUGUGGUACUCCUUGGUUGUAUUUUCCCACGAACUCGUACUCCUAACUUUCGCAAUGGGGACCUUGACGAAAGAGCUGCUAAAGUACUUCAACACGAACGAUCUUUAUGAGCUCUUCAACAUUCCGAAAACUGCUACGGAUGAAGACCUAAAGCGCGCCUACCGUAAGAUCUCCCUGGCAGUCCAUCCGGAUCGCGUGGCUGAAGAGGAUAAGGAGUCUGCCACCGUGAAAUUCCAGGUCGUUGGGAAGGCUUAUUCUAUCUUGUCGGAUAAGCAGAAACGGAGACGCUACGACAGAAAUGGAGUCGUCGAUGACGAGCUGGUUUCCGACACGGAUCGCGAUUGGUAUGCCUACUAUCGCGAUAUGUUCCCCGAAGUGACGACCGAAGAUAUCGAUGCAUUUAUUCAGGAGUAUACAGGUUCGGAGGAGGAACAAAACGACCUUCUGGUGUAUUAUGAGCGUUUUAAGGGUGAUAUGGACAAAAUCAUGGAGUGCCUUAUGGGAUACGACUUCCAGCGGGAAGAGCACUUUCACACCAUCAUCAACCAGGCCAUCAAGGACGGGAAAGUCAAGGACUAUAAGACGUUCACCAAGGAGGAUCCGAAGAAGAAGGAACGCCGUCGUAAACGGUUAGAAAAGGAAGCCAAGGCGGCAGAAAAGAUCACCAAAAAGCGGGAUACUGAAAAGGCCGGCGGCGACGACGGAAUGGCUGAACUGCGGAAAGCGAUUUUAGACCGACAAGAAGCGCGCGGAGCCAAUUUUUUGGAUAAAAUCGAAGAAAAGUAUGCUAAGAAUGGUGCGAAGAAAAAUAAGAAAUCUGCGUCGGAUGAGGAAUGGGACGAUGAAGAGGACCUGUUGCCGGGAGACAACUGUGACGAUUCCGACGAUGAAAAACCGAAAAAAUCCAAGAAAGGGUCAGCGAAGUCCAAGGGAGCCUCUGGUCGGCCAGCGCCCAAAAAACGUCGUAAAGUAUGAAUGAUUUAAUGGAUUCGACAUGGCUCACAAUUAGUUCCCUUUUGUUCAGUAUCAAAUAUGGAUCUUUUACAAAUGCUGUCAAAGUUAGGCUUUCGUUGGAAUCUUUAUUUGUGGUUCAAAGUUUUGGUGAUAUGCUACUCAAUUAUUGAACGUUUUAUAUUAUUACUUUUUACUGCUAAGGGCAUCUUUUUGUAAUGCGUACAUAUCGGCGUCUCGAAAUAUUUGAAUGACCACAGCCGUUGGAAGAUGAAGAUGACUGAAAAUAAA